AUGCGAGGGUGGAUAAUUGCCCUCUGCGCUCUCGCUGCAGGAGAGGUCGCUGCAAAGGUCGUACGCGAGGAACUGACAUUGACAUGGGGCUUGGGAGCGCCAAAUGGACAGCCCCGGGAGAUGAUCUUUAUGAAUGGCCAAUUCCCAGGGCCUACAUUUGUCUGGGACGAAGACGACGAUGUGGAGGUUCUUGUCCAUAAUAAAAUGCCCUUUAACACAACUAUACAUUGGCAUGGACUCUUGAUGCAAGGCACUCCGUGGUCUGAUGGUGUGCCCGGCUUAACACAGAAGCCAAUCGAGGUGGGAGAGUCUUUUAUUUACCGAUUUAAGGCAUAUCCUCCUGGAACUCAUUGGUGGCAUUCACAUACAAGGACGACCAUGUUUGAUGGCUUAUUCGGCGCCAUGUACAUCAGGCCGAAGCCCACAGCUCCAGCUCCAUGGUCUCUUAUCAGCAGCAAUCUAAAGGACAUUGACGGCAUGAAAAAAGCCGUUGCGAACCCUCAUGUUGUGGUUGUCUCAGACUGGACCCGGUUCAAGUCGUGGGAAUAUAUGAAGGCACAAGAGGACUCAGGUUAUACUAUAUUUUGCGUGGACAGCAUUCUUAUCAACGGAAAAGGCAGCGUAUACUGUCCAGGAGAGGACUUUCUUGUCAACAACACAAUGGAUUAUAUGAAAUGGGCCAUAUACCCACGCCAUGUCAAUGACAAAGGGUGCCUCCCUUUUGUCAGGUCGACGGAAAACAAAUAUCUACGUGAUGGCCGACCAGAGACAAUUCCACUCCAUCUACAACAAGGAUGUGUGCCGUCCGAGGGGGGGCAAGCGGUUUUUGAAGUCGAUCCAGCCGAUGAAUGGGUCAGUUUCAACUUUGUGGAUGCUGCAACCUUCAAGACACCCGUUUUUGCUAUUGAUGAGCAUGAAAUGUGGGUUUAUGAGGCAGAUGGCCAAUUUAUUGAGCCACAGAAAGUUGAUACUGUCAAGUUUUACGCUGGUGAACGAUACUCGGUCAUGGUAAGGUUACACAAGAACGAUGCUCGAGACUAUACAAUUCGAGUGAUGGAUACAGGUCUAACUCAGAUCAUUGGAUCAUAUGCCACACUACGGUAUAAACGGAACCCGAAUGACAAGAAUGUUCCCGAAGCGAAGGAGUCUAGAGGGAUUCUCAACUACGGCGGUCUAAACACGACGCACGUUGUCACCUUAGACCGCGAUAAUCUACCGCCUUAUCCGCCCAAUGCACCCGCCGCGCAUGCAGAUGCUCUUUACCUUCUUGAUACUCACCGCGUGAAAACCGCGUGGACAUACACUAUGAAAGGCGGUGCAAUGUAUCAGGAAGAUCGCAGCGCAUACGCCCCAUUACUUUACUACCCAGACUCGGCUGACGCAAUGGACGAGAGCCUUGUCAUCCGUACUAAGAAUAAUACUUGGAUUGAUCUUGUUGUUCAAGUAGGCUCUCUUCCGAACCAGCCUCAGGAGUUUCCGCAUAUCAUGCACAAGCAUUCUGGAAAGACCUGGCAGAUUGGUGCCGGGGAAGGGCACUGGAAUUACUCUUCAGUCGAAGAGGCAAUGAAGGCCGAGCCUACCAAAUUCAAUCUCAAAACGCCGAAUUAUCGGGACACCUUUAUUACGUCUUUUGAUGGACCAUCUUGGAUCGUGCUACGAUAUAAUUCUAACAACCCUGGACCUUGGCUCAUGCACUGUCAUUUUGAGAUCCAUCUGGGUGGUGGUAUGGCUAUUGCUUUCAUGGAUGGUGUUGAUGCGUGGCCCAAUGUACCACCAGAAUACGCUCCUGGAAAAGGCGGGUUCUUGGACUGAUGUGAACUACGCAGGAAAUUCACCCAGGAUGGAUUCCUAAUUUUGGUCACUUACAUCUUGGUUUGCAAUGUUAAAGUAAUGUGUCAUCAUGUAUAUAAGGAUAUAGAUACGUUUCAAUUGUAUAGGCGCUAAGAAUUGCCUCGAAAGGACCACAAAAGUAUCCCUGUAGUUUCGUACUUUGAUACGAGAAAGUUACAAAUAAUAAGCUUUAGCCAAGAAAGAGUUAAGCUUAAUUUAGUUAAGGUAGAAUCCGCCAUGAUC